AUGGCAUCCCAAGCCAGCUAUAAGGAUCGCCAGUUUCUCGCCGUCAUUGGCGAUGAGGACUCGGUAACUGGUCUUCUUCUCGCAGGAAUUGGGCACGUCACUGAUGGCGCCAGCCCUGAGAAGAACUUCCUAGCCGUCGAUAACAAGACCGAUACGGCCACCAUUGAGGCAGCAUUUGACCGGUUUACCCAAGACAGGAAGGAUAUUGGCAUACUCCUGAUCAACCAGCAUAUCGCCGACAGAAUCCGUCAUCGUGUCGAUACCUACACCGCCGCCUUCCCCGCCCUCCUUGAGAUCCCCAGCAAAGACCACCCUUACGACCCAGAGAAGGACAGCGUGCUGCAGCGCGUGCGCCGUUUGUUUGGAGAAUAG